CCACUUUCCAAUCACCAGUGGAGAUCUGGAAAGUAUCUGUUAUUUUUGUUCAUUUGUUUUCUAUUUUUAUGGUGCCUUGGUAUGACAUGCGUAACAGUGGUAAGUCUUUGCGCAGCAGUAGGUAUUAUUUUUGUCCGAGGCCUUUCCAAGAAAGCAUACAACCGGUUUAUCACAAUCUUCGUUGGUGUUGGUGUCGGUUCUCUUAUGAGUUCUGCAACGUUACAUCUUUUGCCUCAGGGGCUUGGACUGGUGGAUGACGUGAACUUUGAUUUUAUCAUUACUCAAUUGUUUUGUAUCUUUGGUAUUUACACAUUCUUCUUCUGCGACAAGUUUAUGAAAAUAACUUUGGAGUCUAAAAAGGUUUGCCUUAAUUACUGUAAAAUUUGUAAGCCGUUUAAUUUUGGUCACGAACAUGGUAUCUGUGUUCACGACCACGACAUAUCUUUCAACGAACAGAAGGAUUCUGCUAUUAAAACUGUGGCCCUGAUGAUCGUUUUUGGAGAUGGUCUGCAUAACUUUAUUGAUGGGAUCAGUAUGGGCGCUGCAUUUAGUGAAUCUUUACUUAGCGGUCUCAGCGUGUCACUAGCAGUCCUCGCAGAGGAAUUUCCUCAUGAGCUGGGUAACUUUUUCCUUGUCAUUAUUUCUACUUCAAAAACCUUAACUCUUCUUCACCUUUAUGGUCGGCAAACCUUAAUUUAUAAUCUUUUGAGUACAGUGACGUGUUUUAUUGGUUUUGCCGUUGGUGUACUGCUAGGAAGUGUUGAGUCAUUCCUGAAGUAUAUUUUUGGAUUCUCUGGCGGGAUGUUUCUUUAUAUUGCUUUGGCCUGCAUGAUGCCCGAAAUGAAACAGACCAUGGAAGACGCCUUAAUGAAGAACCGUAGAAGCGCCUUGAUUGUCCUCUCAUUGCAGUCUCUUGGUCUUACAAUGGGGACUUUGUCCAUGCUUUUCUUCGCACGCUACGGUUACCUUCUCAGUUUCAUAUAA